AUGGGGCAGGGGGCCACGGGGCUGGCCGGGGUGCUCAGCCUGGCCGGGGCACUGCCAGCCGGGACCCCGCUGCUGCUGGACGUGGGGCACACGCUCCCUCCCGGGGAGGAUGUUCUGAGCCACGGACGGGGCCUGGAUUGCUGGGAGGUUCGGGAGCACAACAGCUCUGAGUGGUGCCACUUCAUCCGGAGCAACCCCGACUGUCGGCUGGACGGGGGCUUCCUCGACUACCUCGAUGGGGUCUUCUGUGUCUUCCCGCCCCGGCUGCUGCCCCUGGCUGUCACCCUCUAUGCUCUCUGGCUCCUGUACCUGUUCAUCAUCCUCGGUGUGACAGCAGAGAAGUUCUUCUGCCCCAAUUUAUCAGCCAUCUCCACCAACCUGAAGUUGUCCCACAACGUGGCAGCCUUUUCCUUGACGUCCCCUCUCCAUGGUGUCACUUUCCUGGCCUUUGGAAAUGGGGCACCUGAUGUCUUCAGUGCCGUGGUGGCCUUUUCCAACCCCCGGACAGCAGGGCUGGCCAUUGGGGCCAUCUUUGGUGCUGGUGUGUUUGUGACCACGGUGGUGGCUGGGGGCAUCGCCCUGGUCAAGCCCUUCACGGCCGCCUCCAGGCCCUUCCUCAGGGAUGUCAUCUUCUACAUGGUGGCCGUCUUCCUCACCUUCGUGGUCCUCUACUUGGGCAGGAUCAGGCUGGGAGAGGCUCUGGGUUACCUGGGGCUCUACGUGUUCUACGUGCUCACCGUGGUGCUCUGCACCUGGAUCCACCGGUGGCAGCGGGGGGAUGGACUGGCCCCUCCCGGGCCCUGGGAGCCAGAGAUACCGGCAGACGUGGAAGAGCCGGAGCCCUCCAGCACAAACAGUGGGGACUAUGGGGAGGAGUACCGGCCCCUGCUGCCCUCCCAGGAGACCUCCCUGCACAUCCUCACCACGUCCCUGAGCCCCUUGGACCAUCGCAAGUGGAGGAGGAAGCCCUGGUACUGGCGGCUCUUCAAGGCCUUCAAGGUGCCCGUGGAGAUGGUGCUGCUGCUCACCGUUCCUGUUGUGGACCCCGACAAGGAUGACCUGAACUGGAGGAGACCUCUGAACUGCCUGCACAUCCUCACCAGCCCCCUGCUCUGUGUUCUCACCCUGAAGUCAGGCACCUAUGGGCUGUACCAGAUCCAGGGUGUCUUCCCAGUCUGGGGACUGGUCACACUGGUUGGCUCUGCCCUGGCCCUCAUCAUCUUCAUCACCACAAGCAACGAGGAGCCACCCAAAUAUCACUGUGUGUUUGCCUUUCUUGGGUUUUUGGCCAGUGCCAUGUGGAUCAACGCCGCAGCCACAGAGCUGGUGAACAUCCUACGGACUCUGGGUGUCAUCUUCCAGCUCAGCAACACCGUGCUGGGCCUGACACUGCUGGCUUGGGGCAACAGCAUCGGUGACACCUUCUCCGACCUCACCAUGGCGCGCCAGGGCUAUCCCCGCAUGGCCUUCUCCGCCUGCUUCGGGGGCAUCAUCUUCAACAUCCUGGUCGGCGUGGGCCUGGGGUGCCUGCUGCAGCUGACCAGCAGCCAGCCCCUGGUGAAGCUGGAGCCUGACAGUCCCUUGGUGUGGGUGCUGGCCGGGGCGCUGGGGCUGAGCCUGGUGUUCUCCUUCGUGACGGUGCCAGCGCAGUGCUUCCAGCUGGGAAAGGUCUACGGUGUCUGCCUCCUCACCUACUACCUGCUGUUCCUGUGCGUGGCCCUGCUCACAGAGUUCAGGGUGAUCCAUUUCUCCACCCCGUGAGCGGCCCCAGCAGAUCCAGCCCUGGGUCUUGCUCUGCCUCCCCCCCACAUCGGGGUCUCGCCGUCCCCUCCCUGUCCCUGCCAGGGGCACAAGGGCACCUCGACCUCACUGUGCUGCCAGAGGUGCCAGCCCAGCCCCCGGCCCCUGCUGUCCUUUGGGGAAGGAGCUGCCAGUGCCCACAUCCUCUCCUCGCUCCCUUUAAUCUAAUUGAAGGAACUGGGCAGGAGCAACAUGGAAACCUCAGCUGUGUCUGGUGGCAGUGGCAGGGCCGGAGGAUGUGGAAGCUCCAGCUCAGGGGCACAGCAGGAGAGGUUUUACCUCCUCAGCUCCAUGCAGGGACAGAGCUGGGGCAGUUGUGCUGCACAGGGUGACUCUUGCCAAGGCCCAGACACCAUUUGUCCUUGGGAAGGACUGUCCCUGUUGGCACCAUGGGCUGGAACAGCAGACAGGGCACAGCCAGACGGGGUUAAGGGGACACAAUGCUCCAGGGACACACUGGGUUUAGUGCAAGCAAAGCCUGAGGGAAAAAACAAACAAACACCAAACCAAGGGAGGCUGGUUUCCCCUGCUUUUUUUAGUAAUGUUUUUCAACCUGAGUUUCAGAUCCUACUUUUCUCCUCCCUCUUGGGGUGGGCAGAGCUGUAGGAAAGGACUUGGGAGGUUUCCACACACAGUGUUGACCUCUGGCAGGACUAGAUUUAGGCACUGUAAAAAAAAAAAAUGCAAUAAAAAAAGCAACAACAACCCCCAUAAAGCCAACCUUGACUUUUGCCUGUUGCAAGGGCCACUCCUCCUCUGUGCUGGUGUGACACAGCCCUUACUCAGCACGGAGCCUUUGGAGGGGAGAGGGAACAGCCAGGGCUGGGGACCCUGGGAUGCCCAGCAGGGUUUUUCCCCAUGGGAAAAGUGGGUUUUUUUCCUCACUUUGGGGAGGUGUUUUCCAGCCUGAUGUCCCAAGAGCUGUCACAUGCUGUCACAGUGGGAACAACCACUGCUCGGGGCCAGCACGGCUCAUCCCCGGGGAAAGGGAAUCCUGCAGGAUUCUCCCACAGUGCCAGGAGAAUGGAAGGGGUGGGCUGGUGGUUCUGCUCCCAGCUGGAGGGUCCGCAGGGCACAUGCUGGAAAGCACAAUGUCACUCCAGAGGGACAGCCACAUCCCUGCCCCGUGGGAGAGGGGGUGUUGUGCAAACACCACAACUGUCAGACCUCGUUCCUCCUGGGCCUGGACCAUUUCUCCUUUUUCAAACGGAUACCAGCAGCUUCCACAAAAAAAAAAAAAAAUAAAUAAAGAACGCUCCCUUGUGCCUACAGCCAUUGGCUCUGCCCGGACCUUGCUGCCGUAAUGUUUUUCACACAACGCCCAUUUCCUGCCACAAGCAGGGCUAAAGCAAUCGAAACCCUGGCCAACAUCCCAGCACAGAGGUGCAGGGUCACACACCCCUUCUGGCCUCACCACUGCACCAGGGCAGCUUUAAAAAAAUCUAACUUCAAAAGGGUUAUCUUGAUGUUUAGGGAAAGGGGGAAGGUAGGAGGGAAGGCUUUGUAGUGUCCUGGAACAGGAAUGUGGAGCAGCUGAGUAGGGCAUGCAU